UACAAUUUGCUCACCAGUCGACAUGAACCCAAUUCUGACUAUUGCUUUGGUCUGUCUUCUCGUUGACGCUUCCUCUGCAGAUGUGACUGGACAGGACGAAGAAAAAGACGACUUACCAGAAGCUCCUGAAGAUCUAAUACACACAUUCGUUAUAUUUGUCGAAGGACCAAGGAGCCCGAAAAAGGAUAUUUUCAACAGUGAAUCAGACUUCGAAAAGCUAUGGCCGAAAGGAAAAGAAAGGCUUACUGAGGUUGGCCAAGUGUUGAUGGGACGUGUGGGACGGAGCUUGAAGACCAGGUACAACAAAAAAAUCCCUGAAUUCAAUGAAAAGCGAUUUACAGCUACUUCGAACGAGAGAUUAGCGGCAAUAGACUCUGUGGAUCGAGUACUCAAAAGCAUGUACGAGAUUCCGCAAGGGUUCAAAUGGAUGAAAAGGGAAUAUACAUUAGAAGGAAAAGAUGAUAAACUGCCUCAGAGACGCUUCGGAGACAAUUGUGAUCUUUUUGAAAGUGACGAAAAAAAUACUCGAUGCAAACACUACACACUACUCAAGGAUCGCAAUAUGCGAAAGGAGAUGAAAAAACUGUCAACCGAUGGAAAAGAUGUAAUAAAGAAGAUCAAUGGAGAAAUUAAAAAAAAAAAACUUACGCUGGAUGAUGUAUUCCACAUAUAUGAUACAUAUCAAAUGAUGAAACUCAACAAUAAGAAGCUGCCAGGAUGGGUUAUUCCACUGUUAUCGAAAAUGGAAAAAAUCGUUCAGUCCCAGCUGUUGAUGAGAGUGAAUCCAUUCCUUCAGUACUAUACAGGCACACUGUUAUUUAAGAUACUAAGCAAUAUGGUUGAAGAAAUAAUCCACUCGUUAACCCAUUCGCAAAGCGAGAAAACUGGAGAUGUGCCCGAUUGCGAAGGCAUUCAUCUACACGGCUCUGACGACGUGACUGUAACUGCGCUGGUAUGGGCGUUAGUUAAAGAUACGGAAUACAUGGCCUCUCCUGGCGACACAUUGAUGUUUGAAGCCAGUUCACAAGAUAUGACAUUUGAGUUGUUCCUGUACUCUCCCUUGAAGCCUGAUCCCAAGGAAAGGUUCAAACGAUUUCCAACGGAAAAACUUUGCAAUGAGGAUUCAUGUAGCGCAAAGGAUAUGAUAAACAAACUGAAGCCCGAUGGUUUAUAUCUAAAGCAGGAAGAAUGGGAAAAAAAAUGCAAAGUCAGCGUAAUCGAAUAUUUACGACUGAAAACUUUUCGAGACCGUUUUAUAUUUUUUUACAAUGCACCACUGCACGGGGGCGUCUUCCGCGAUCACAUUGUUGCGACGUUCCGCGAUCCCAUUGUUGCGACGUUCCACGAUCACAUUGUUGCGACGUUCCGCGAUCCCAUUGUUGCGACGUUCCGCGAUCCCAUUGUUGUGACGUUCCGCGAUCCCAGUCCUUAA